ACACUAUAAGCAGAAAAUAUCUGUGACAAAGUUUGUGAGAUGUGGGAAAUAUGAUUAGUUUUUAAAAAAAGUGGAGUGAGGUAGUUGGCUGUAACGGUAGCCGUUGAUACGGCGGCUGAUCACUGUAAAAGACCCGGGUUCGAAUCUCAGCGGCCCUGAAAUCAAACCCAAAAAAUGGGCUCGUUUUCAAAAACACCGGCACCCCUGGGGCCCAUACAGUCUCGUAAAUCAAAGUUAUUAUGUUUAUUAUUAUUUCACUUGCAAAUUUGAUUAGAGUAUAAUAGUUAAUUGUGAAAUCGUGCUUCAUCGUUACUGGAAUCAAAGAAAACAUGUGUCAGAAAAUUUCUAGCUAACUUAGAUCUUUUCAAAAUCAUCAAAUUAUUACAUUCUCAUCAAAAUAUUGGUAAAUGUAAAAACUAUUAGGCAUCUGCAAAAGGCCACAUUAACGUAAUGUAAGUGAUUGAAAUUAGGAAGAGACUAAAAUUUCUACUCUGGCAUAAAACGUGAUCUACAUUAAGAUUAUGUGCAAACAUCAUUGAAUAAUUUUGAAAUAGGACUUAUUACUGGUGUACGGGCAGCAUGUUCGGUGGAAUUCCAGUGAGAAAAGUGUUGGACGUUACCUAUAUAGUUAUUAUCACCGCCUAUCACAUGGUAGAUGAACACUUAAUAAAAAAGCAGUGCUCUGGAGGGGUAAUCGCUAAGAAACAAAUUUUAUCCUCGUCAUACUGUUUUACAAAAGACGAGUUAAUAAAUCCGCGAGUAAUGGACGUGUAUGCAUACAAUCCAGUUCUUGCAAAAGGCAGCGAAGUAUUAUACGCACUGAUACAUCCUAAAUACACCACCAGAGAAAAAGGCUUCGACAUAGCUGUAGUGGCGGUUAACGAAGAGUUCGAUCACGUCUUUAACAAUUUGGGUGGAGGCGUCGACAAAAUGUCUCACUGUUACAUAUAUACGUUUAAACAAAAUGUAAAUGGAUUGGUGGGACAGACGCUUGUAAAAUCCAAGGUAGAUGUGAGAACAGGCAAACCCGCCUGCAAAGGGAUGGAGGUCGUACUUUGUGCCCAUAGCACUGAGAACAACUCGCCGUGUGAGGGUGAUCAAGGUGCACCGCUUUUCUGCGAUCUCAGAUUGAAAGGCAUACUUUCAAGGGGUAUAGCCUUCGAUUCCUGCAGACCAAAAAUGGGCACUAUGAUGUUUGAAGACCUGUCUGUCCACAGGGACUUCAUACGGAACUUGACUGGAAUCGAAGUUGCUAUAGAAGAAAAUCAUCAGCCUCCAUCUAAUUUGGCCAAAAGUCUACUGCAAUACACCGGUUUGUUUUAUUUAUUCUUCCUCAUGAUAUAAAAAUGCCAGGAAAACACGUUUUUAACGGAAAAAAUAAAUUUGAAGUAGUGCUUUGUAUUCGUUGAUACUAUCAAAAUAAAUCAAUAAAAACUUA